AUGACAGUGAAAAAGAGAAAAGCUUCGGGUCAGUCAAAAGCUAGGAACGACUCUAGCACCACUACAGCGUUGCCCGAUAACAACAACAACCACCAUCAAAACAACAACAAAAACAACAACAAAAACAAAAGUAGUGGCGAUAUCAAUGGCGAUAACGAUGACGAUGUAAAAACAUCCAAUGGCAAAACCCAUUCAAUAACUACAAAGGAAAAGAAAGAAAAAGGUGACGAAGACAAAGAAGGAGAAGAAAAACAAGAUAAUAAAUAUAACAAAGAGAGUCAUUCGACACACAACCACAACAAUGUAAAGAGCAAGAAACUGAAAAAGAUUCGUGAAUCGCGUAGGGUGAUGUUUAUACUAGGCGCAUUAUUAGGUCUUGUUAUUACUGUAUUUUUCACCACAAGCAAGGGAACCUUUCCUGCCGACCUCGAUAAUCUAGUUAAUUUUGAUCAAUUGAAUAAUAUGUUUGAGGACUGGACGAAUUGGAAGGAGAUAUUGCCCAAUGGACUUCAAUCCUUUUUGCAGGAUGCAGACGCCGAAACUAAAUUGCAUGGUUCAGCCGAUUCGUUUAGCGUUGGCCAGAGACUUAAAGCGCUGCAGAACUAUACUGCCAAGUACAAUGUUGUUAUGGUUCCUGGUGUGAUUUCAACAGGGUUGGAAUCGUGGGGUACUACGACUACGGGGGAUUGUCCAUCGAUUGGAUACUUUAGAAAGAGGUUAUGGGGAUCUUUCUUCAUGUUGAGGACUAUGGUUCUUGAUAAGGCAUGUUGGUUAAAAAACAUCAUGUUGGAUGAAGAAACGGGACUAGAUCCGCCAGAUAUAAAAGUGCGAGCCGCACAGGGUUUUGAAGCUGCAGAUUUCUUCUUGGCGGGCUAUUGGAUCUGGAACAAGAUCUUGCAGAAUUUGGCAGUGAUUGGGUAUAGUCCCGAUAAUAUGAUUAGUGCUGCAUACGAUUGGCGGUUGACAUAUAUCGAUUUGGAGAAGAGGGAUGGAUAUUUUAGCAAAUUAAAGAGUCAGAUUGAGAUGACCAAAAAGAUGACUGGACAAAAGUCUGUGUUGGUGGGCCAUUCGAUGGGGUCGCAAGUGAUUUUCUUUUUUUUGAAAUGGGUUGAGGCCAAAGGAGAGCAUUUUGGCAAUGGUGGUUCCAAAUGGGUUAAUACGUAUAUUGAGGCGGUGAUUGAUAUUAGUGGGUCUAUGUUGGGAACACCGAAAACGAUACCUGCAUUGCUUUCGGGGGAGAUGAAGGAUACUGUGCAGUUGAAUGCUUUGGCUGUUUAUGGGUUAGAGCAAUUUUUUAGUAGGAGGGAGAGAGUGGAUAUGUUGAGGACGUUUGGUGGUGUUGCCAGUAUGUUCCCCAAGGGUGGAGAUGUGAUUUGGGGUAACUUGACGUAUGCACCUGAUGAUCCUGUAAACACAUUGGAGACGAAUAUAACUGAUGGUGCCAGUGGUGCUAUAACUGAAGGUGCUUCCAAAUCGGGCAGUAGUUUUGGGUCGUUUAUGAAGUAUAAGCAAGAGGAUGGUACAGUUGAGGAGUUUACUAUUGCGCAGAGUUUACAAAAGCUUUUGAAGGAUGCGCCCGGUUGGUAUUCCAAAAGGGUAGAGGAGAAUUAUAGUCAUGGUGUUGCAAAGACUGCGUCGCAAUUGUCAGCUAAUAAUCAGGAUCCGCUGAAGUGGGUUAAUCCGUUGGAGGCAUCUUUACCGAAUGCGCCAAAUCUCAAGUUGUAUUGUUUUUAUGGUGUUGGUAAUCCUACAGAGCGUGCGUACAAGUAUGUUCCAGCGGAUAAAAAGUCGGUCAAGUUGGAUGCUGUUAUUGAUAGUGAGUCUGCUGAUGGAGUUGCUUUGGGUGAUGGUGAUGGUACUGUUUCUUUAUUGACGCAUGUUAUGUGUCAUGAGUGGCAAAAGGGUAGCAAAUCGAGGUAUAAUCCGGGGAAUGUUGAUGUUACUGUAGUUGAGAUUAAGCAUGAGCCGGAUAGAUUUGAUUUACGAGGAGGAGCCAAGACAGCUGAGCAUGUGGAUAUUUUGGGGAGUGCUGAGUUGAAUGAGUUGGUGUUGACUGUUGCUUCGGGACAUGGCGAUAAGAUCAAGAAUCGGUACGUGAGUAAUUUGAAACAAAUUGUAGAAAACAUGGAUUUAUAG